AUGCUUGAAUGUAAGCCUGCAAGCACUCCAAUAGUUCAAAACCGUGGACUCGGAGUGCACUCAAACCAGAUACUUACAAAUAGAGAAAGGUACCAACGGCUGGUGGGAAAAUUGAUUUACCUAUCUCAUACACGGCCGGAUAUUGCCUGUGCGGUGAGCUUGGUUAGUCAAUUCAUGCAUAACCCUAGUGAGGAACAUAUGGAUGUUGUACUUCGAAUUCUACGGUACUUAAAGUCUUCUCUAGGGAAAGGACUCAUGUUUAGGAAAUAUAACCAUUUAAAUAUUAAUGGUUAUACGGAUGCCGAUUGGGCUGGAAGUAUCACUGACAGAAAAUCACCAUCAGGAUAUUUCACUUUUGUUGGUGGAAACUUAGUCACUUGGAGAAGUAAGAAGCAAAAAGUAGUCGCAUUGUCUAGUGCAGAGGCUGAAUUUAGAGGCAUGGCUAGAGGACUUUGUGAGCUUCUUUGGUUGAAAGAGUUACUGAAAGAGAUUGGUUAUUCAUCUGGUUCAACAAUGAAUCUGUUUGCUAUAACAAAGCGGCCAUAG